CGGGCGGCCGCGCUGGCGCUGCUGCUGGGGGCGCUCCACGGGGCUCCGGCGCGCGGCGAGGAGUACGACUACUACGGCUGGCAGGCCGAGCCGCUGCACGGGCGCUCAUACUCCAAGCCGCCGCAGUGCCUCGACAUCCCCGCCGACCUGCCGCUCUGCCACACCGUGGGCUACAAGCGCAUGCGGCUGCCCAACCUGCUGGAGCACGAGAGCCUGGCCGAGGUGAAGCAGCAGGCGAGCAGCUGGCUGCCGCUGCUGGCCAAGCGCUGCCACUCGGACACGCAGGUCUUCUUGUGCUCGCUCUUCGCGCCCGUCUGCCUCGACCGGCCCAUCUACCCGUGCCGCUCGCUGUGCGAGGCCGUGCGCGCCGGCUGCGCGCCGCUCAUGGAGGCCUACGGCUUCCCCUGGCCCGAGAUGCUGCACUGCCACAAGUUCCCCCUGGACAACGACCUCUGCAUCGCUGUGCAGUUCGGACACCUGCCUGCCACCGCGCCUCCAGUGACCAAGAUCUGUGCCCAGUGUGAAAUGGAGCACAGUGCCGACGGCCUCAUGGAGCAGAUGUGUUCCAGCGACUUCGUGGUUAAAAUGCGCAUCAAGGAGAUCAAGAUUGAGAAUGGGGACCGGAAGCUGAUUGGAGCCCAGAAAAAAAAGAAGCUGCUCAAGCCAGGCCCGCUGAAGCGCAAGGACACCAAGAGGCUGGUGCUGCACAUGAAGAACAGCGCUAGCUGCCCCUGCCCACAGCUGGACAGCCUGGCCGGCAGCUUCCUGGUCAUGGGCCGCAAGGUGGAUGGACAGCUUCUGCUCAUGGCCGUCUACCGCUGGGACAAGAAGAAUAAAGAGAUGAAGUUCGCGGUCAAGUUCAUGUUCUCCUACCCCUGCUCCCUCUACUACCCCUUCUUCUAUGGGGCUGCUGAACCCCACUGAAGGAUGCUCCUCCCUGCCCCACCCAGCCAGCUGUGCCUUGCCCUCUGUCCCACCCCUGGGGCAUUCUCGCGUUUCCUCCCCAUCUGGCCUCACCUCUAUUCUCAGGCUGACAGAGCCCCUGACAGAGAGCCAUUCCCUGCAGAGCUGCUACCAGCACUGGCCCUGAGCAAUGGGCAUGGAACCCAAGCUGUCCUUGACUGAGGGGCUCUGGGAUCCCUGGGCACUUCUCGUAGGAGCAGGGCUUUCUCAUUGGAAAGCCCAGCCCAAGGGUUCAGAAAGUAGGUGGAGGGAGGAGAGAGCAAGGGAAGCAUGGAGGGGUUCUGAGCAGCCUGGCGACAUGGUUUCCAGAAUAGACCAUGCUGUCAGCUCUCUUCUGCUGGUGGGGAGGCCUCGCCUUGGAGAGGAAAGUCUUACUUACUGAUAGGCUGAGCUACCUGCGGGCCAGUUCCCGCCCCCACCCCACCCCCAUGUCAUCACAGUCCCCCCCCAGAGGAGGGGCAUUAGGGCCUCAGCACCUUCCAGCCACAGUUCUGACCUUCCACAUCUCUUCCUCUCUCCAUUCCCCCUUGACUGGAGAAGCCCAGCCCAGAUCCCCUCCCACAGGCUGCUUUUGGGGCUUCAUCCCUCAGCCGCUGCAUGUCCCUUUACCCUGAUGAUGAGUAAAUUAUUGCUAAGCAGCUAGCCCAUAGGUACUAGACUAGACGCAGGCAAGGUUUGGUUUUUAGGGUUUUU